AUCCUGUUUGGCUCAAGUCCCCGUGGGGAUCGUCGACCGCUACCGCCUUCGCCCUGGCACUCGACGAGGAACCGUAAACACCGAGCUUACCCAGCGGCGUAUCGAACCCAACGCUUUGGAGGAAAUUGGAAAUAAGAGACCCCCUCUGCGAUUCGUACUUGGACUCGGACGAUCGCCUCGACCGCCAACGAGAUGACCAUUCGCAUCCUCCUCACAUCUUUCUUACUGACCUACGAUUUCUGGUGGAGUAUACCGAAAAACUGAUCGGACCCACUCCCUCGCAGCAACAGGAACGUGACAGAAAGUUACGUCAUGCGAUCAGAACUAGCGGAAGAACUGAAAUGGACAUCAAAAGCGUGAGCGAGGCUCUUGCUGCCCAGAAAUUGGACCAUGAAAAAUCGAUUGAAAACUUUAAUUCGGAACUGCGGGGGUGUCGAGCUGCCGGUUAUCGGAAGAGGGCCGAAAUUAGGAAUGACGUGGAUGAGAUAGUAAACACAUCGGAGACCAACAUGGCCGAAUAUUUCAAAGAAUCAAUCGUCAGACAAGACCUGCUUCGUUUGGAGACUCGGGAGGUCGAGGAGAGAUUGAAAGAAUUACGCCACGAUGAUAUCCUCGCGGAAAAAGUACUCAAGGAUAAACGAUGCCGCGUUGAAUCGGAUCUACUGAAUCAGGUUGCGAGGUACGACAAUGACAUCGGAGAUCGUCACAGCAGCAUGGAGAAUUUUUCGGAAAUACAUCGCGCCCUGAAAUCCGAGAGAAAAGCGCUUGAGGAUGACGUGAUGGUGAAUCUCCGCACUCUGCACGACGAGCUGCAGUUGGAAAAAGCGGAAACAUUGCUCAAAAUUCGUAACGAAAAGGUUGAAAGGUUCGUCAGAAAUAGAGCUGCUAUAGUCGUCCAAAGAGCAUGGCGAGCGUUUUCGCAGCGUCGCUGGGCGAAGAAGAAGAAGAAAUCGAGAAAGAAGUAAAAGAUCGACAUCGGUAGAACUUCGUGGCAACUUCAGCGCGCGGCGAUUUGAACAACGGUGCUUACCGCGUAACCGUAGAUGUCAAACCCCCACAAACGACCGCUCCUACCUCCUCUCUCGAUCAAGCUCCUCACUAUUAGCACACGACUUUCGAAGGUAAAAUUCGCUUUGAAUAAAUAGAUCGAUGAAAUAAAAAACACCCACUUACGAUUACUUCCCCAGCAGUUGCGGAGGAUCCGCAGGUGUCGGGGCCAGCUUCAUGAUCGGUCAAUCCUCAGCUAAUGAAAUGUAAAAGAAGCGAAUGUAGUUAUCUUCUGAUUAGCAGAUUCAGCGGUUCUGAAUCCGUUGAAACAGCAAUUCAAUGCUCACGAAUCGAAUCUUUUACAUGUAGAUCCAAUCGAGUUUCUGCAAAAACGAACGAAAGAAAAUUAUAUACAUCGAAGUACUAGAAAAUAUACUGAAUUUAUUCAGCUGCAA